AUGCAGUCAAACAAGAACUCUAUCAAUUUUUCGGCCUGCCAAUCACCUGAGCAACUGAAUGUAGAUCAUGGCAUGCAACAAAAAGCCAAGGAUUCAGGACUAGAAAAAAAUAAAAGUUCAAAUAAAACAACAAAAGGUGUGGCGAAUGGACAAGACAUGGCAGAAGCUUUGCCCAAAAAGCAGAACAGCAUACUGAAGACAUCUCGCAAAACAUUGGGAGCACUUUCUUCUGGACAAAUAUUGGUUCUUCGGAACUGCCCAAUGAAAAAUCUGGAUACCGAAUCUGAAUGCAUGCCGACAACCGACACUGACACUGAAACCUGA